UCCCGAGCCACGGAUAAACCGAGAGCAGCAGAGCUCGAGCACGAGAGGGAGAGAGGGAGUGUGCGGGGUUAAUUCCUGAAAUUAACAAAAAUGCAAAUUAUUACAAUAUUCCAGCUUGUUUGUGCCUCAUUAUUGGUACUGGCUGUCAAUGCAGAGGUGUACUUUAAAGAGCAGUUUCUGGAUGGAGAUGCCUGGAAGAGUCGAUGGGUGAACUCAGAGCACAAAUCUGACUACGGCCAGUUCAAACUAACCGCUGGAAACUUCUACGGAGAUGCUGAGAAAGACAAAGGUUUGCAGACCAGUCAGGAUGCCCGUUUUUACGCCACCUCUGCCCGCUUCGAGCCCUUUAGCAACGAGGGCAAACCUCUGGUCAUCCAGUUCACCGUCAAACACGAGCAGAAGAUCGACUGCGGAGGCGGAUACGUGAAAGUCUUCCCGGCUGAUCUCAACCAGGCUGACAUGCACGGCGACUCCCAGUAUUACGUCAUGUUCGGGCCUGAUAUCUGCGGCUACAGCACCAAGAAGGUUCACGUCAUCUUUAACUACAAAGGCAAAAACCACCUCAUCAAGAAAGAGAUCAAAUGCAAGGAUGAUGAAUUGACUCACUUGUACACAUUGAUCCUGAAUCCGGAUCAGACGUACGAGGUGAAAAUCGACAACGAGAAGGUAGAGUCCGGCUCUCUGGAGGAGGACUGGGACUUCCUGCCCCCAAAGAAAAUCAAGGACCCCGAAGCCAAGAAACCUGAGGACUGGGACGACCGUGCCAAGAUUGAUGACGAGACUGACACCAAACCUGAGGACUGGGAUAAGCCCGAGAACGUUCCCGAUCCUGAUGCCAAGAAGCCAGACGACUGGGAUGAGGAUAUGGAUGGAGAAUGGGAACCUGCCAUGAUCCCAAACCCAGAGUACAAGGGUGAGUGGAAACCCAAACAGAUCGACAACCCCAACUACAAGGGCGCCUGGGUGCAUCCUGAAAUCGACAACCCUGAAUACAAUCCUGAUGCCGAGAUCUACAAAUUCGACAACAUUGGAGUCAUUGGGCUCGACCUCUGGCAGGUAAAAUCCGGCACUAUUUUCGACAACUUCCUCAUCGCAGAUGACGUAAAGGCAGCUGAGGAGUUCGGAAAUGAAACGUGGGGUGCUACAAAGGCUCCCGAGAAGAAAAUGAAGGAGGAACAAGAUGAGAAGAAACGCAAAGAGGAAGAGGAGAAGAACAAGGAACAGAGCACAGAAGCAGGAGAUGAGGAGGAGGAGGAGGAUGAAGGAGAGGAGGAAGAGGAGGAAGACGAGACAGAAGAGCCUCCAGAGGAGGAAGGAGACAACGACGACGCGCUUCCUAAAGACGAACUGUAAAGCGGGAAGCAGAUUACCGUCCACAUUCCGUGGUUGCCAGGGAAACGACUGCAGUGCAUUCAUUCUAAACGCGACGCCCUUUGAAGUCGGCGAUGAUGUCGUGAUGAUGUCACACGGGGCAAAAGGGCGACCGGAAGUUCUCAACCCAUACGUUUAAAUUGCGACCAUUGUUUCUUAAUGAGCCAGUUUUGUUGUUAUUGAAGAGUUUUCUGCAGUCCCAGGAGUCUGAAAUGUUCAACAUUAUUUUUUUUUUUUUUUUUUUUUUUUUUAAUACUGAUCUAUGAUCAGGUUAUUGUGCCUUUCAUGUUUGUAAAAUCAAUGCCCAUAUUAGUUAAUGUUGUUGGGGUCAGUUAUGUUCAGUUAGUUUGAAGGAACUAGAUGAAAUUCAUGAAGUUUACUUGAAUUAGUUAUAGCAAUGGAAGUCAGUUUUUACCACUGAAUACAAACAUAAAGAUAAUUCCAACUUUUUAUCUCACAAUUCAGAUGAACAUCUCACAAUUUGGACUUUCUGUCUCACACUUCUGAGAAAUGAGUAAGAAUUCUGAGAUAUAAACUCAAAAUUCUUAGAAAACAUAUAAGAUAUAAACUCAAAAAUAAGAGAUAUAAAGUCAGAAUUGUGAGAUACAAACUGAGGGAAAAAUCUGUAAUAUGAGAUAUAAAGUCACAUUUACCUUUUUUAUUUUUUUGUUCUGUAGUGGAAACAAAAAACGCAGAAUUCCAAGGGGGAAAAGUCACAAUACUUAUAUAUUAUAUCUUGCAAUUCAGACUUUUUUUCCUUCCGAAUUGUGAAAAGUCUGAACUGUGACAUAAAAAGUCACACUGCAAAAAAUGCUUUUUGUCUUGUUUCCAUCCCAGAUAUCUAAAAAUUCUUAAAUCAAAAAGGAUUUAAAAUUUUUGAACAAGCAAAAUAAUCUGCCCAAAGGAUUAGCAAAAUAAUUUUAUUUCAAACAGAAAACAAGAUUAUUUUGCUGACCCCACUGGCAGACUAUUUUGCUUGUUUCAAGCAAAAGCUAACAUCAUUUUGACAUGUUUUUCCUGAAAACAAGACCAUUUUUUACUUGUCUAGUAAAUCCUUCUUGUUUUAAGAAUUUUUAGAUAUCUGGGCUGGAAGCAAGACCAAAAAAGCAUUUUUUGCAGUGCAGAGUUAUGUUUUUAUUUAUUUAUGGGUUUUUUUGGAAACAGACUUCCAUUUUACAGUACAGAAUGUUACAGAGUUCACAGCUUGAACAGUUGUUUCUCCACAUUGCAGGAAUGUGAUGAGCGCAAAGUGCAAUGAAACGGAAUAGUAGAGGAUGGUGAUUUUCGCCCUAUUGUUAUUAAUUAGAGAUGAAUCCGAUCACAGGCUGGGUUUCAAACUAUAGUCCUCAUUUGUGAAACAUGAGCAGAACAAAAUCAUUUUUUGUGUAAAUUGUUGGGAAAACCUACAAACACUCUGCUUGUAUUUCAUCAAUGAGGACCUUUGAAUGUUUGUACGGUAGUGCAAAAGAAUUUUACAGUGACAUAAUGUUUCUUUGGCACUGAUGAUUUAGUUUUGUUCUCUUUCCACAGUAUAUGCACUGUGGUUGUUAUUAAUCUCCUAAACAAGAUAUUCAGUAAAAUUCCUUUUAUUUUCCAGCUCUAUUUAUUACAAAUGUCUUGCAGUUUGAGUGUUUUACCUUUCAGAUUAUCAGUGACAGUAAUAUUUGAGAUGUUCAGUUUGUAGCUGAUGUAAUUUCUUUUUUUUUUUUUUUUAAUAAAAUCUUUCGUUACUUGAAAAUAAAUGAGCUACAAUAAGGGAUGUGGUAAUAUUUGCAAAGAUUCAUUAAAAUGAACUAGCUGUCUACACACUGUGAACUAAACCCCAAAUGUUCAAAUUGGAUUCGUGCUGAAAAUCCUGUUUAGUGACAUCAGACCACCUUUUUACAUGUUGAGAGUUGUAAUUAAUGCCAAAGUUUUAAUAAAUAACUUUAUUGUACAUGCA